AUGACAUUCUUCACUAAAAACAACUCUGCUGUCGACUCCCCGUCCUCAUCGGCAGAAGAUAUCGAGCAGCAACAGGUAUCUGCUGCUUCAAAGUCCGACAACGAGCCCUAUAUCAGAGAGGUCCCCACCACCCUAGGCCGCGCAGCAUUUUUGGACACAUUUACGCCGGAAGAGCAGAAGAAGAUAAUCCGCAAAGUUGAUUAUCGGAUUCUGCGGAUUGUUGGGGUCAUUUAUUUGCUUAAACAGAUCGACGUCAACAAUGCAUCGAGCGUCAAGGUCCUAGCAGUCGGAAAACCGACCAACAUACUGGCCCAGCUUCAGAGGACUUCUGAUCAAUAUAACUGGGUUCAAUCCAUAUACCACAUAUCAUACAUCAUCUUCGAACUCCCCAGCAACCUUCUGCUCAAAUGGAUGAAACCCCGCCUCUUCCAAACCUGUGUUUGCUUUAUCUGGGGCUUUGUGCUAGCCUGCCACGCCACCGUCAAAGACAAAGAAGGUCUCUAUGCUUGCACGAUUCUUUCUAGGGUUGGCUGA